AUCCUUGGGUCCAAAAAUGAAAUAUCUGUUAAAGAUGGAAGUGUUAGAGAAAAUGAUUGAAUUUCAUUAGUAAAAUGUAUAGAAACCACUGGUUUGAAGCACCCUUAAUGUAAACUUAGAAUUAAGUUAUUAAAUAAUAGAAAAUUAAUUAUCAAUAAGAAUUAUUAAAGCAAUGAUUGUAUAAGUUAUGAGAACAUUGCAUAUAUUAAAAUUAAGAAACAAUGGUGCUUUAAUUCAAUAGACUGAAUUAUAUUAUGUGUGUUUAGAUAAGAUUAGAAAGUUGCUGAAGUCUAAAUAAAGUUAGCUAUUAAUUAGAAAAACAAUAAAGGAGUUUAAUAAUACAAGAUUCCAUUAUUUAAGGCAUGCAAAAGCUGAGUUUAUCUUUAUCAUCAAUAUAAUGUCAUCUUAAGAUCAUAUAAAUGUGGUGACAAAAGGAUUGGGAAAUUAUCGAUCUUUGAUAUUUUUGAAUAUACCACACAAUAGUUUAAAUGAUUUAUUAGAAAAAUAUAUUGCCUAAAUGAUGCAAUCAGAUAAGUGAG